GCACAUGCCAGCCGGAUGUUAGUACGAUGCUAACUCGUAUAUAAAGAGCCACCGAGGAUGGAAAGAGGCAAAGCUGUGACCUCGUAUCCAGCAGCGAUAGAAGGUAGACAGAGAUCUGCUUGCGUACUUCCUCAGACGUAUCUGCAUAAAUAAACAAUUGUGAAAAUGAAAUUAAUCGUAUGCCUGGUGUUGUUGGCGUACUUGGCCAUGUCAGUAGAAGGAAACAGAUGGGGUACAAGAAGAACGAACUGUGGGGUUUCCGUCUGGUCAGAAUGGUCAGCCUGGUCAGCGCCUGCGCCCGGAGGCACACGAACCCGCACACGAGAGAUUGUCCGGUCUCCUCGAAAUGGUGGAAGCCCAUGUCCGACACUGACAGAAACGGCCUCUAGAGCAGAUCCAUGGUCCAGACAGGGAGUCCAGCAGAAGUUCCACAAUAAGUUUAUGACUGGCCAUACUCACUACUACAGUUUCAUCCCCGAUAGCUCUCGUGCCGUUGGACUUCCGGGACUAGUAGAGGCCCCCAACCGGGAAGCACAUGUGCUUGGUGGUGGCGAUGGUGGAGUCACAUUACUGCCACGUGAUCUCCUCUUCAUGAUUGACAUGAGCGGAAGUAUAAGUAGCAGCGAUUGGACGACAACGAAACAGAAACUUGCCGAGCUGAUAGAGCGACUCUGUGGGUCCAUUGGUAGGGGUCGACAAAAUAAUAGGAUCGCCAUUAUCACAUUCUCCAGCCGGGUUGUGCUCAACUUCAACUUCAAAGCCCACUGGACCAUCAACAGUGUGAAAAACGCCAUACUGGCCAUGCCUCAAGCAAGAGGUUCCACCUGUACCGGUGAUGCUUUCGAAUAUGCUCGCCAAUAUAUGUUUGAACCCGACACAGGAAUCCGAUCGGCUACAGAGUCCGUGAAGGAAGUACUGGUUUUAACAGACGGACACUCUAACUGCGGAGCCGCCUUGCCAAAUGCCGUUAGACGACUUCAGGUGAAGGCUUUUGUCUUUGCCUUGGCUAUCGGCGACUACGGAACUUCUGGAAAAGCUGAGAUCGAGUCUAUGGUUUCCCGUCCUCUCAUCGACCAUAUUUUCUCUCUGGCCAACUUUAUCGAAUUUCGUAACAUGGUAAACGAAAUUUUACUGUACCCAGAUAAAUGUGCACCAUUUGAAUUGAAGUAGGACUUGAUAUUCAUAAAAAGUCAAUCGCCCAAAACCUGUAAAAAAAUGUAAUUGUGAAUGCUGAAUAUUAUGUAUGUUUAAUACAAUUCGCUAUUGCUUGACAAAAAUUCACUUAUAAAAUGUACUUGUGAUGUUCUCAUCAUUUGCUAUGAUUAUCACGUCUAAAACUGUCUGAACCAUUUGUAAACAUUUGUUAUAUCGAGUUCAAAGUUAGGCCGUUUGUAAAUAUUUGUUAUGCCACGAUCACAUCCUGAGCAGUAAUACUCUGUGCUAAUUCUGAAAUUCAUAUCUCCAUUGUAUAAUAUACAGAACACACCAUCAGUGUCGUAUAGCCAAUCUCUUACAAUGUACGUAACUUCUAUUUUAAUGUUGUAAUAUUACUGUUCUCGAAGAGGUUAAAUUAUCUGAUUCCCUGAAAAUGAUGUUGUGGAUUUAUUUAAUGUAGAUACGAAUUUUGCUAAGCAAGUCAUUGAAAUACAUUUAAACUUAUUACUUUCUAAAAUGUAUAGUGCAUUGUGUAAAAUGUGUAUUGUGAAUACAUAUUUA